GAAACAGCAAGACGGUUUCUAAAGAACUUUUGACUUUGACAUAGCUUUCGGAAAAGAGGAAAAGUACAAUGACGCAUGAAAAAGUCUUUUUCACUCUGCUGAUACUCACAGCUUUAAAAACAACAAACACAAGCAUGAGUGCUUCAACAACCACAGCGACUCAAACAACAAAUUCAGGUACACCAUCGACAACCAUGACUGCUUCCAUGACAACCAUGGCUGCACACAAUUUUUCUCAGAUGACAACCACUGCUGCUGCAACAACAACCCCGACUGCGCCGACAAAAAACACAGCUGCUCCUACAACAGCCACCAUUGCUCCAAUGACAACAAGUGAAGCCCCUACAACAACCUUGGCUGCCGUGUCAACAACCACAGCUGAUCAAACAUCAACCACAAUUUCCCCAACUACAAACCUAGCUUCUCCAACAACAACCACAGAAGUUCCAACAAUGGCCACAGAGGCUCAAACAACUACCACAGUUGCUCCAACAACAGCUGUUCCAACGACAACAACAGCGGCUCCAACAAAAACGAUGGUUGCUCGAAAAACAACUACCAUUGUUGACAACAACCACAGCUUGUCAAACAGAAGUUUCCCCCAAAAAACAAAUUUCUCCAACAAAAGGAAGAAAAGGUCCUACAAAAAAAAACCAAAACCCUCCACCAUAGAUAAAAAACGCUACGAGAAAAACAAAGAACCCAACCCCCCCACAACUACAACAACAACAAUGGCUCCAUCAGCAUCUACUGGUGCUCCAACAACAACCAGUGCUGCUCCAACUACAGUUACUCAAACAACCACAGUAGCUAUGACAACAACCAUGGUUUCUCUGAGAACCGCCGCUCUGACAAAAACUACAGUUGCUCUAAAUACUACCACAGAUGCUCCAACAAAAACCACAGACACCCAAACCACAACUACAGCUGCUCCAACAACCACAGCUACAAAGACUAUAACAACAGUUGCUCCAACAACCACAGCUGCUCCAACAACUACCACAGCUGCACCAAAGAAAACUAUUGAUGGUCCAACCAAAAAAGAUUCUGAAUCAACAAACACAGCUGCUCUGACAACUACAGUUACUCCAACUACAACGACGGUUUCCCUGACAACAAAUACAGUUGCAACAAAAACAACAGCCUUUCCAACUAAGACUACAGCCGCUCCAACUACAACUACAGCCGCUGCAACUACUGCUGCUCCAACAACUACUACAGUUGCUCCAACUACAACAAGAGCCGCUCCAACAACUACAACAAUCGCUCCAACAACAACCACAAUUGCACCAACUACAGCUGCUCCAACCACAGCAGCUCCAACCACAGCUGCUCCAACAACAACCACAGCUGCUCCAACUACAACAGCUACUCCAACAACAACCAUAACUGCUGCUCCAACUACAACAACAGCUGCAUUAACAAUAACCACAAUUGCUCCAACAACAACCACAGCUUUACCAACAACAACCACAGCCAAUACCAGAAAGACCACGGUUGUAUUAACAACAACCACAGCCGCUUCAACUACAACUAUUGCUGAUCCAACUACAACCACAGUUGUAUCAACAACAACAGCUAUUCCAACAACCACCACGGUUGCAUCAACAACAACAGUGGAUCCAACAACAACCACAGCUGUCCCAACAACAAACACAGCUGUUCCAGCUAAAACCACAGUAACUCCAACAACAACCACAGCCGCUCCAACUGUAACCACGGUUGCAUCAACAACCACAGAAGCUCCAACAACAACCACAGCCACUCUAACUACAACUACAGUUGCUGCAACAACAACCACAGUUGCUCCAACUACAGUUGCAUCAACUUUAACCACAGCCGCUCAAACCACAACUAAAGCUGCUCCAACAACAACAGCUGCUCCAACAAUUACCACAGCUGCACCGAAGAAAACCAUUGAUGGUCCAACCAAAACAGAUUCUGAAUCAACAAACACAACUGCUCUGACAACUACAGAUACUCCAACAACAACCAAAGUUGCACCAACUACAGCUGCUCCAACCACAACCACAGCAGCUCCAACUACAGCUGCUCCAACAACAACCUCCCCUACUCCAGCAACAACCACAGCGACUCCAACAACAACCACAGCCGCUCCAACUGCAACCACGGUUGCAUCAACAACCAUAGCUGUUACAACAACAACCACAAGUAUACCAACAACUACCACAGCUGCUCCAACAACUACCACAGCCGCUCAAACAACAAUCACAACUUUACCAACAACAACAACAGCCGCUCCAACAACUACCACAGCUGUUCCAACUACAACCACAGUUGUAUCAACAACAACAGCUAUUCCAACAACCACCACGGUUGCAUCAACAACCACAGAUGCUCCAACAACAACCACAGCCACUCUAACUACAACUACAGUUGCUGCAAAAACAACCACAUUUGCUCCAACGACAGUUGCAUCAACUUCAACCACAGCCGCUCAAACCACAACUAAAGCUGCUCCAACAACCACAGCUGCAAAGACUAUAACUACAGUUGCUCCAACAACCACAGCUGCUCCAACAACUACCACAGCUGCACCGAAGAAAACUAUUGAUGGUCCAACCAAAACAGAUUCUGAAUCAACAAACACAACUGCUCUGACAACUACAGUUACUCCAACAACAACCAAAGUUGCACAAACUAAAGCUUCUCCAACCACAACCACAGCAGCUCCAACUACAGCUGGUACAACCACAACCACAGCUGCUCCAACAACAGCCACAGCUGCUCCAGCAACAACCACAGCCGCUCCACCUAAAACCUCGGUUGCAUUAACAACAACCACAGCCGCUCAAACAACAAUCACAACUUUACCAAUCACAACAACAGCUGCUCCAACUACAACCACGGUUGCAUCAACAACAGCCACAGCUGCUACAACAACCACAGCCACUACCAAUAAAACCACGGUUGCAUUAACAACAACCACAGCUGGUCCAACAACUACCACAGCUGCUCCAACACCAACUAAAGCUGCUCCAACCACAACAACAGCCACUCUAACUACAACCACGGUUGCAUCAACAACAACUACAGCUGCUACACCAACAACCACAGCUGCUACAACUAAACCCACUGUUGCCUUAACAACAACCACACCCGCUGCGACAACAACCACAGCUUUACCAAAAACAACCACAGCUGCUCUAACCACAGCCAGUUCAUCUGCAACCAUUUUUGCAACAACAACCACAGCCGCUCAUACUACAACCACGGUUGCAUCAGCAACAACAACCACAGCCACUCCAACUACAAACACGGUUGCAUCAACCCCAACAACAGCUACUCCAACCACAACCACGCCACUCAUACUACAACCACGCCGCUCCAACUACAACUACGGCAGCUCCAACUACAAACACGGUUGCAUCAACAACUGCCGCUUCGACUGCCGCUCCAACUACAACUACAGCUGCUUCAACUACAACCACAGCCACUCCAAAAACAACCACAGGUGCUCGAGCAACAACCACAAUCGCUCCAACUACAACCACGGUUGGAUCAACUAUCACAGCUGCUCCAACUACAACCACAGCUGCUCCAACAACAAACACAGUUGCUCCAAUUACAACUACGGAUGCAUCAACAACCACAGUUGCUCCAACUACAACUACAGCUGCUCAAACAACUAG